AUGGAUCUCCCAAAAUAUAAUGGAAAUAUUCAUCCAAACGAAUGGAUAAAUGAUCUUCAAACUUAUUUUAGUAUUAAAAAAGACUCAAUAGAUAUAAAUAUUGUUAUAUCCUUAGUAGAUUCCACUAUUAAAUUACCAACUGGAAUUGAUAAUAUUGAAAAACUUCGUGAUGCACUCAAAGAAGAUAUUUCCUUUACAGUAUUUAAGAAUACUAAUAAAAGAAUAUUACAAUCAUUAAAAUAUAAUCCUGAAAGAAAGGGUGGUGAUACUUCAAAUUUUAUAUCAACCUUUCGUAAAUUUUGUUAUAACGCUGAGAUUAAUGAUAUAGAAGAACAAAAAAAAUAUCUUUUUAAAUCACUUCCUAAUAAUCAUUUUGAUUAUGUCUCAAAUGAAUUUUUUGAGAAAAUGAAGGAUGUAAAUUCGAAUAAUGAGUUAAUUGAAAGAUUUGAAGAAAUUGUUUUAGAAGAAUCGAAUUUAAUUAGAAAUGGAUCUAUUGUAGCUUUAAAACAUGUUGCUACAGGAAAAUAUUUAAGUUCCAUUAAAAAUUUAUGUUAUACAACUGGAAGUCGGAACCAAUUGGUUUUUGUAGGAAGCUCAGAGCAUAUUCCAAAUUCUUUAUGGAAAAUUGAAUUUGGUGACGAAUUAGCUACUUAUGCAAAUAAUUCUAUAAAGCUACAACACGUUAAAUCUGAGAGAUUAAUUGGAAUAUGCUAUUAUUAUAAUGACAACGGUAAUUGGAUUUAUGAUUAUUCCAAAUCUCCGUCAACUGAUCAUACAGAAGUGAGUUGUUACGAUAAAAAUAUAAGUUAUAGGAUUUUGGAUUGGAAAUUUAAUCAUAGUAAAUUAGAUAAUCAUCAAGGAUAUUUAAAAUCAAACGAUGUUAUUAAUCUUAGUAUUAGGAAAUCCUAUCUCGUUAACUAUGGUAAUAUUAUUCAAAACGGACAAGUUGAAUUUUUGCGUAGUCAUGAUAUUCAAUUUACUAUUGGGAACGAUACUUUUCAAGAAGUUGUUUGUCAUAAUGAAAGAUUAGGAGGAAACGACGAAUGGUGCAUUGAACUUAUUCACGAAGUUAAAAUUAUCUAA